GCCAUUUCGCAAGCAACCACGUUUUCCAGUCUCCUCAGUUUCUUCUUAGUUUUUGCUUAAAAUUUUGAUUCAAAACGAAAACUUUUGAUUUGUCAAAGUCCAAUUUAGUUUUCUUUCAAUCGGUCGAUCAAAUUUAGUUUAUUCAAUUUCAUUUUUUUCAAAGAAAAGUUGCCCAAAAAAAGGUAGAAAGUUUCCUCUCUUGCUGGAAGAGAUGGCCGACCGGAAAGUAGAAGUUUUUACGUCCCCACGUCCCCUGCGGGUGAAGGGUGAGGCACCCUUGAAUGGGAAGGACAUCUCGGUAAAAGUGAACCACUAUAAGGUCAAACAGACGAACGCCUUCCCCAAGGUGAUCUACCAUUACGACGUGGUUAUUCUAGACGUCGACGCCGCUGCUCGAAAUUCUGCGGCUGCCAAUGCUGGAAAAAAGAGGGUGGAGGCUCGGAAAGAGGGCGCCGGCGAAGUGGCCGAACUUCCAGCCAGGAUUUUGCCCCUGAUUUGGAAAGAAUUCGCGAAGCAGAACAAGGCCGCGCUGAAUUGGACGGUGCCCUUCGAUGGGAGAAAAAAUGUGUACACGGCAGGGCGGCUGGAUUUUCCGAACGGGGAUGCGUACUCCGUUACGAUGGAUAUGGAUGACCCGGACGACCCAGAUAAGAAGAGGAGGUUCAAAGUUGAGAUGAAAUUGGUCGCCCAAGUCUUGACCAGCUCGAUCCUCGAGUUUCUCCGAUCCGGGAUGGAAAAGGGGAAGCCUGUCGAGCAGCCGCAGGACGUCAUUCAAGGUUUCGACGUGGCUCUUCAUCACGCCCCCGCGAUGCGCUACAUUUCCUGCAAUCGGAGUUUUUUCAAUCAAUUCCCCGAAAAUCGAACUUCUUUGGAUUUGAUGCUCGAACUACUGCACGGGCAUUAUCAAUCCCUCUGUCUGGGGGAGGGGAAUAACGUCACGCUCAAUAUUGAUUUGGCCACGAAGGCCUUCUACAAGCAAACGCCGCUGCACGUUUUUAUCCGUAGUGCCUGCAACUUGGACGCCAAGGAUUUGUUGGACAGCAACUUGUGGAAAGAGCAGGACAUCCGCAUGGCUUCCGAGGCAUUGAAAGGAAAAUUGAUCAAGUAUGGAACUGGACCAUGCGACGCGAGAGGUGUGUACGAGAAGUAUCACCAAUUUACCGCGAAUGCCUUGAUCAACCAGUCCGCUGAGGAGUACACCUUCGACAUCACGAACGAAAAGGGGGCGAAAAGGACGAUCAACAUUGUCCAGUACAUGCAAGAAUUUAAGAAUACCAAGAUUCGAAACCCACAAUGGCCCGUGGUUCACAUUGGGAACCGAAAUAUGACCAAUUUUGUCCCUCUCGAGUUGUGCACCAUUAUUACGCAACCCUACAGGGGGAAAAUGGAACCAGUACUGACGAGCAAAAUGAUCAAGGGGGCAGCAAUGGGGCCGGAGGAACGAUUCAAAAAGAUUGAAGAAUCGAGAAAGGGAAGCAAAUUUGGAGAGUGUGAAGUCCUAAAUGAAUUUGGAAUUCAUAUCUUAGAGAAUCCCAUCGUGAUCGAGAAAGCUUCCGUCAUCGCCCCACCCGUCGUGAAAACCUUGGACUCCAGAGGGGCUAAAACAAUUGCCAAAGUCGACGAUAAAGAGGGUAAAUGGAACUUCAAGGAUAAAAAUAGCAGGGAAGCGUCCAAGAGAUUCAGCGACGGUGCCACCCUCCCAAAGUGGAUGAUUUUUGAUUGUGAUGGAAUUACGAAGAGGCAGGCAGGAGUUGCUGACAAUUUUAUCGCGAAACUGACCGAAGUCGGGGAGAGCCUUGGGAUGAGAGGGUUCCGUGUACCAAAGACGUUUGUAAAAUGUUACUCAGACGCCAGCUUCCACCCCGAAAAGAAGGAAGGAUGGGACAACAAAUUGAAACGGAUCAGUGCUGCCUUCCAGCAAAUGAAGGCUAAACACUUCGAUUUGAUUAUUGUUAUCUUGUCGACAGAUGGGAAAGACUAUGCCCACAUCAAGUCUGAAGCGGAAGUUGUGUACGGAAUUUUGACGGCUUGCAUCAAGCAACACAACGUGGCGAAAUUGGAUAAUCAGAAAAUUGGAAAUUUCCUCCUCAAGUUGAACGCCAAGCUUCGCGGGACGAAUUUUUCCAUCCAGGAAUUGUCCGACCUGUACUUGAAGGAAAGGACGAUGAUCCUCGGAGCGGAUGUGACGCAUCCCAGCCCAAAUUCUGUGGCCCCGAGCAUUGCUGCCGUCACUGCGUCUUUCAACAUGUCUUGCAUGGGAUAUUCGAUGCACAUUCAGCCCCAAAGGAGUCGCCAAGAACUCAUCGAGAACAUGGGCGAAAUUGUGAGCGGACAGUUAGCCAAGUUUUUCGAAACCAACAAGGCGUACCCGAAAAGGAUCUUGAUGUUUCGUGACGGCGUGUCAGAAGGAUACUUUACCAAGGUCAAAGAAGUGGAAUACGAGCAAAUGAAGGAUAUCUGUGAAUCGAUUACGGAUAGCUUGGGAAUCCCAAAGAUCAAAAUUACCUUCGUGAUUGUCAAGAAGCGUCAUCACACCCGUUUUCAACCUAUGGGUGCAAAAGACGGAGUCGGGAAAUUCCAGAACAUUCCGCCCGGGACGGUCGUCGAUACCAAGAUUGUGCACCCGUCCGAGAGAGAAUUUUUUUUGAAUAGUCACGUCGGCAUUCAGGGGACCUCGAAGCCCACUCGGUAUCAUGUCAUUCAUGACGACACGAACUUUACGAUGGGCGAUUUGCAGAAGAUUACGUACUAUCUGUGCUACGGAUUCGUUCGAUGCACCCAGCCCGUCUCAUAUCCAGCGGCCACGUACUACGCUCAUCUGGCUGCUUAUCGGGCCCGUCAUCUCAUCGAGAAGGAAGGGGAAAAUGCGGACUUGAAAGACCUCGAGAGGAAGCUGACCAUCCAUCCCGACUUGGCCAAGCGAUAUCCUAUGUUCUUCGUUUAAAUCAAUCUCCUCAAUCAAUUUCAUGCUCAUAAUAUGAUUACAUCAUAUUCAAAUCUUUAUUUAUUUAGACAACUCUUAUUUGUUACAGACUUGUUAAGUUUGAUUGAUUAAUAAAAUAUUUGGGAUUGAUUUUCUAAUCUA